UCCCACAAUUUCAGUAGGGUGAUGGUAACGGGAGUGGGAUGGUUACAGCGCGAUUACACAUGGCACAUGUGACCGUCGCUCUGGGGAGGCCCAACCCGAAAGGGCUAUUUUGGGAAGGCUGGACCCCCGAGCGAGGCCAGCUACCCGCACGUGUGAAGCGCCCGAUAAGAGGCGCCAGCCCACGCCUUGUUGACACCCCAGAGACCGGAGCUAACUAUCGGAUAGGUCGAUUGAUUUCUAAAGAGAGGGGUAGAGAGAGACAGAGAGAGGUUACCGGGGAACAGUUUGUGAAGUGAGGCGGGAUGCCGGGGAGCGUGGCGCCGUUGGAUCUGGAGGGGGUGACGGUACCGUACCACUUCCGGUGCCCGAUCUCGCUGGAGCUGAUGCGGGAUCCUGUCACCGUGUGCACGGGCCAAACCUAUGACCGGCCGAGCAUCGAGUCGUGGGUGGCGACCGGGAACACGACGUGUCCCGUCACCCGGACGCCGCUCACCGACUUUACUCUUAUACCGAAUCACACUCUGCGCCGCCUCAUCCAGGAGUGGUGCGUCGCUCACCGCUCACUCGGGGUGGAGCGGAUCCCGACCCCGAAGCAACCGGCCGAUCCGAGCCUCGUCCGGCUCCUCGUCUCCCAGGCCUCCGCCGGCGAGCACGGCACCCGCUCCGCCGCACUCCGGCGGCUACGUUCGCUCGCGCAGGAGAGCGAUAAGAAUCGGGCGGUGAUCUCCACCCACGAGACCCGAUCGGCGUUGAUCGAGAUCGCGUUCGAGGAUCCGCAUCCGGAUCUGGGGCUGGAGGCGAUGGGGGUGCUGGCGAUGUGCUCUCUGACGGAAGGGGAGAGCGCGGAGGUAGCGGGACGGCCCGAGAGGUUGAGGAGAUUGGUGGAGGUAAUGAGGGAGCACCCAGCGAUGGAGGCGCGGAUCAGUGCGGCUGCGGUGUUGGAGGCGGUGGCGGCGGGGGCGCGGGCGGCGGUGGGGGCAACGGAGGGGGUGAUGGAGGGGCUUGUGGGGCUUUUGGAAGAGAAGGGGAGUAGUGCGCGGGCUGUGCGGGCGGGGAUCCGGGGGCUGUUCUCCCUCUGCCUGGCGAAGGAGAACCGGGGGCGGGCGGUGGCUGCGGGGGCGGCGGCGGCGGUGGGGCGGAUCGGGGAGCUGGCGGCUGAGCGGGACGCGGAGCGGGCACUGGCGACGGUGGAGCUGCUGUGCCGGACAGAGGGUGGGAGGGAGGCGGUGGUGGCUGGGGCGGGGGGAGGGGCGGCGGCGGUGGUGGCGCUGGUGAGGGCGAUGGCGGGGAAGGCGUCGGAGAGGGCGGCGGAGCACGCGGCGGGGGCGCUGGUGGCGGUUGUAGGAGGGUCAGAGUGGCUCCAGAGGGAGGCUGUGGGGGCCGGGUUGGUGACUCAACUCCUCCUAAUGGUGCAAGGGGGGUGUUCGGACCGCGCCAAGAGAAAGGCUCAGCUCCUCCUUAAGCUUCUCCGGUCGGCGUGGCCCCACCACGACUCCAUCGCCAACUCCGACGACUUCCUACAGCCUUUCUAAAGCUUUACUCUAUUGCCACUGUUCCAUUCUCUGACCCCAGCUCUAUUAAUCCACAAUUAAUUUCUUCUUUCUUUCUUUCUUUCUUUGUUAAUUUUGAGAUAAUUAAGUCCAUAUAAUUCCUUAUUUCCAUUAAUCAAUGGGGGUAAAGAGAGAUGGAGCAGAGAUGAGAGUGGGGUGAGUGGUGAGUUUGGGAUGUGGGAUAUGUGGACAUAAGAGUAGUGUUUGGAUUGUUGAAUGGAUGGCCUGGGAUGUGAAGAGUGUAUGUAUGGUUUUGUAUGUAUGGAUUUUGAUUUGGAAAGGAUGGAUAGGUAACAUGACUUCAA